AGUGUUGGAUUACACUAAAAUUACAUGAAGUUUCCAAUAAACAACAUACUUCAGCACAAGGAAGUUGGCUGCCACUGAAAUAGUUCGGAACGACUCUUAAUUAAAUUGCCUUAAAAAUCCCCGAGAAAUCACAUGUCUUGAGAACCAACUAUGAAUACAUUAUUGUUGUUGGUAUUGGUCACCGUCUCGUCUUCGAUCGUCUUCGCCAAGUCUCAAAGAAGUUGUUUAACAUCAGAUGAUUGCGAGAAAGAUGGUUGCUGUUUUAACGGCAUAUGCAGUUAUGAAUCAAGCUACAAGUGUAUUCAUCAGAAGUGCUCCUCGAACAGCGACUGUUCUUUGCCCACUGAAUCUUGCUGUGUUAAUAAAAAGUGUCAAGCCUGCACAAAUGUGGUAUUGGUCACCGUCUCGUCCUCGAUCGUCUUCGCCAAGUCUCAAACAAACUGUUCGACAUCAGAUGAAUGCGAGAAAGAUGGUUGCUGUUUUAACCGCACAUGCAGUUAUAAAUCAAGCUGCAAGUGUAUUCAUCAGAACUGCUCCUCGAACAGCAACUGUUCUUUGCCUACUGAAUCUUGCUGUGUUAAUAAAAAGUGUCAAGCCUGCACAAAUGAACAUUCGGAUAAUUAUGAAGAAAGCGAAGGUGGACGUGCUGGAAGUGGUUCUAGCGGUGGUUCUAGCACUGGUGUUGUACUUGUGCUUUUGAUCGUAAUACCGUUAAAGAUUGCGUUUUGCAUUUCUUGUUGUUGGUGUAGAUUAAAGCUUAGAAGCGAACAAUACGUGAUCAGAAGAAGACCAAGAAGAAGCGUUCGUGACGAACGUGGUACAGCUGCGCCACUCGUUGCAAACGAUGAGCUCCAACGUGAACUCGAGCAUGCGCAGGCAGAGCAGAUUGAGAAUCGUCGUCCACGCCCUCCGUACAAUCCCGAAACUGACCACCACGAGAAUACGACCCAGGACACAGAACAGAAUAAUCUUUCCUUUAUAAUUAACCCAAUCGAGAACAGCAAUAUGGAACCCAUCCGAGGAGCCCAGGGGACUGGUGACACAGAUGAGAUGAAUGGUGCACCUCAAUUUGAACAAUGGUUCCACCACAUGACCACUCCAAUCCUGCAGUCAAUUUUCCUUCAGUCAAUUUUCCUUCAAACACCACCGACCAAAACUCAACCGAAAGAGAACUAAUUCAAUUUUAGCCACAGAGAAGCAUCGCUUUUUGAGAAGCAAAAUGAUAGAAAAGUCGCCAGCUUGUACUCGAAUAAAGAUAUAGAUACGACGUCAGUAGACUCUGUAUAUUCAAUUUUUGCAGAAUUAAACAAGACUCCAUCACUAUGUUAUGUUUGCUCUAAAACAUAUCCUUCUCAAAUCAUACAAAAAUAUCCUAAAACCCUUGUCAACAGUGCUAUAUGUUUUUCAGGCGUAUUGAAAACAUGCGAAUGAAAAUAAGGCGUCUUUCCCAAUUUCUAAACGGCUAUAAGUUAAUAU